AUGGCGACAAUGAAGCUCAUGGAGGUCUUGCUGCUCACCUCCUCGAUCUCGAUAGCCUCGGCCAAGCACAUCAUGAUCCCCUCCACCUCGUUCAAUUCGCAGUCCGAUUUCGACACCGACUGGAACUACCUCUACCCCUGGGGCAGCGACCACAAUGGUGCCGCCCGCAUGAGGGAGUCGCAGGUCAGCCUCUCGGACGGGGUGCUCACGCUGAGGGCGACGCGCGUGGACGGCGAGGCGCCCGCCCACCACGGCGGCAAGGAGAUCGCAAUCCGCUACCUGUCGGGCGCCGUGCACGCCAAGGAGCGCUUCAACGUGGUCGCCGGGGGCGGGUACGACUUCGCGGGCGAGUUCCGCGCCCCCGUGGCGCGGGGCACGUGGCCGGCCUUUUGGCUGACGGGAGUCGACAGCUGGCCGCCCGAGAUCGACAUGGCCGAGUGGAAGGGCAGCGGCAAGAUCUCGUUCAACACCUUUAACACGUCGUCCGAGGUCCGCGCUCUGGACGUAGACUACCCGAACCCGGACGCCUUCCACAAGAUCUUGUGCGAGGUGAGGGACAUGAACGGCCAGGACGUGAGCGUGCGCUUCUCUAUGGACGGCCAGGUGGUUGCGACGCAGUAUGGGAGGGGGUUCGUGGGGAAGCCGUUGUACUUGUGA